AGGCACUGGCAGCCGAGGCGCAGGGGAGCUGGGCAGAGUCGGUGGUGAACCAUGGCGGCGGCAGUGGCGGCAGCGGCAGCAAUGCGGUCCCGGAUCCUGCAGGUUUCUUCAAAAGUAAAUUCCACAUGGUAUCCAGCAUCCUCCUUCUCUUCAUCAUCAGUGCCAACCGUAAAGCUCUUCAUUGAUGGGAAGUUUGUUGAAUCCAAGAGUGACAAGUGGAUUGACAUCCACAACCCAGCCACCAAUGAGGUUGUUGGUCGUGUUCCUCAGUCCACCAAAGCUGAAAUGGAUGCAGCUGUUGCUGCCUGCAAACGUGCUUUUCCUGCGUGGGCAGAGACAUCGAUUUUAAGCCGGCAGCAGGUCCUGCUCCGUUAUCAGCAACUCAUUAAGGAAAACCUGAAAGAAAUUGCCAGGUUAAUCACGUUGGAACAAGGGAAGACUCUUGCUGAUGCGGAAGGAGAUGUAUUCCGAGGACUUCAGGUGGUUGAGCAUGCCUGUAGUGUGACAUCCCUCAUGCUGGGAGAGACCAUGCCAUCUAUCACCAAAGACAUGGACCUUUAUUCUUACCGCCUGCCUCUGGGGGUAUGUGCAGGCAUUGCACCAUUUAACUUUCCUGCCAUGAUCCCCCUCUGGAUGUUUCCCAUGGCUAUGGUUUGUGGAAAUACUUUCCUAAUGAAACCAUCAGAGCGAGUACCUGGAGCAACGAUGCUUCUUGCUAAGUUGUUUCAGGAUUCUGGUGCCCCUGACGGAACACUGAACGUCAUCCAUGGACAGCAUGAAGCUGUAAAUUUUAUUUGCGAUCAUCCAGACAUCAAGGCAAUCAGUUUCGUGGGAUCCAACCAGGCAGGAGAGUACAUCUUCGAAAGAGGGUCAAGAAAUGGCAAGAGGGUUCAAGCCAAUAUGGGAGCUAAAAACCAUGGAGUGGUCAUGCCAGAUGCCAAUAAGGAAAAUACCCUCAACCAGCUGGUCGGGGCAGCCUUCGGAGCUGCUGGGCAGCGCUGCAUGGCCCUUUCGACAGCCAUCCUUGUAGGGGAAGCUAAGAAGUGGCUGCCAGAACUGGUAGAGCGUGCCAAAAAUCUGAGAGUCAAUGCAGGGGACCAGCCUGGAGCUGAUCUUGGCCCCCUGAUCACCCCCCAGGCCAAAGAGAGAGUCUGCAAUCUGAUCGAUAGCGGAACAAAAGAGGGAGCUUCCAUCCUUCUGGAUGGGAGAAAAAUUAAAGUCAAGGGCUAUGAAAAUGGUAACUUUGUUGGACCAACCAUCAUCUCCAAUGUUAAGCCAAGUAUGACUUGUUACAAAGAGGAGAUUUUUGGUCCAGUUCUUGUGGUUUUGGAGACAGAAACACUGGAUGAAGCCAUCAAGAUUGUAAAUGACAACCCAUAUGGAAAUGGAACUGCCAUCUUCACCACCAACGGAGCCACAGCUCGGAAAUACACUCACAUGGUGGAUGUGGGCCAGGUGGGCGUGAAUGUCCCCAUUCCAGUGCCUUUGCCGAUGUUUUCCUUCACCGGCUCUCGAUCUUCCUUCAGGGGAGACACCAAUUUCUAUGGCAAACAGGGCAUCCAGUUUUACACUCAGUUAAAGACUAUCACAUCUCAGUGGAAAGAAGAAGAUGCUACUCUUUCCUCACCUGCUGUAGUCAUGCCUACCAUGGGGCGUUAGAAACAAGUUCUUCAGGACUCAAUCCAGCCUGAGUAAUUUUUCACCUUUUUGGCAACCUUCAUGUGCCGUCUUUGCUCAAAAACAGAUCCAUGAGAAUGGAAUAUAUUGCAACUAAAUUCUUUCUCAGAAGUCUCAAUCCCUUCAAAGUUGUAGGGAGUGCAGGAUAACACUAAUACCAGGCCUUCACUUGUUCUCCAUACUUCUCUCCAGUUUUUGAGGUAACUGUUAUUUGUGUGAAAUGUUUGCCUAGAAUGUGAGCUUAGACUGUCUCCUAACAAUUCUUUUCUGAUGACUGGGAGGGGAAUGUUAAUGUAGGGACAAAUCUUGCAGUCACUGAAACAACUCACCCUCUGGUUGAGCCUCACAUCUAGCCCUCCAUUGGUCCCCACACUAUCUAACAUGUAGCCUAGUUUUACAUAUCCCAGCGUUGUGACAACUGUUCUCUGCUCAAUACCACUUUCUUCUGUGUGAUUCAUGGCCACUAUUUAAUUCUAUCAUUGUCCAUGUUCUUGCUUCUUAAAAUACUUAUCAAGGAUACCUCAGGAUGAAGUGUUAAGUUAGCUUUUUGUUAUAUGUGCCAUUCUUCAUGGUUUGCCUCAACAAUCAUUAAAUCAAUACUCCAACCAUUAAUUCAGAUGCAAAUAAAUCCUUAGACAAAAUAUUUCGCCGGGCGGUGGUGGCGCACACCUUUAAUCCCAGCACUUGGGAGGCAGAGGCAGGCGGAUUUCUGAGUUCGAGGCCAGCCUGGUCUACAGAGUGAGUUCCAGGACAGCCAGGACUACACAGAGAAACCCUGCCUCAAAAAACAAAACAACAACAAAAAAAAAUUUCACAAAUGAUUUUUGACUCAGAAAUCAAAGGACCUCCAAUCAUAAAAGUGGAUGGACUCUUGUCUUAAGUAGGCUUAACCUAUUAUUUGUCAAAUUUUGUUAUUCUUUCUUUUGACAGCAUUUCUCAUUAAUUGAUACAUUUUAAUGAAAGAAUUCUUCAUAUAGACUAAUUGCUUAGACUACUAGAAACUUCAAAGUUUCAUGCUUUGACAGUAUUCAGUCACCUUAUUCAACUUAACUAUUCAGCAGCCUUUCAGCUUGCUUCUCUGAUAAUCUAAACCUUAAGUCAGAAGAGGCUGAUGUGCUAACAGAACAGUUUGUCUGUCUGACCUUCUGAAGCCUGGCUUUCUGAACUAGAUGGUUAUGGGCUCUGCUUUGUCUUGAGUGCUCAGUGAGGUGUGGCACUGGUCAUUACUGUCCUCUCUUCUGCACAGCCAUGUGUGAACAGUGCUGCUCCAGCCCAUUGUGGGUUUGGUGAAUUAAAAUAAAGGCGGUGAAAAACCUUGACAUUUCCUACUCUUUGGAUGUAAGAUUAUUAGAGUAACCAGCUCUGGUAGAAUUCAGAGCUUCAGUCACUUUAACAAAACACAACUCUGAUUUUCUUUUGUUUUCCAUCCUUAAGUUAAGACAUUUAUACUUUGUGACUGCAGUGCCCUUUGUUUUCUUAGAAAACAUGGUUCAUACUUAAUUUAAUCCAACAAUUUUGGGCUGGGUUGAAAAGUGGUUAUUAUCUAAAUUCCAAAUAGAAUUUAAUCAGACUCCUAAUAUUUUCCUUAGAUAUAAAGGAAGUUACUUUUAAAAAAUUACAACUAAUCAGAAUUGCAUUAUUCUAAUUAUAAUAAACAGAUUUGACCAGCUACUUGUACUCAAAAGAGUUUCUUGUUUCUUAGAUGAAAUUUAUAUUUGGGUUAAUAUCACUAAAACAGAAAACCAGCAUUUUUCCUUUUUGUUCUUAUAUGGCCUCAUUGAAUUUUGUGAGCUUCUAUACUGAUCAUGAAUAACAAACUACAAAUAAAAAAGCCUUAGGAAAAAAAUACAGUUUUGAAAAAA